CAUCGACUUACUCCUACCCUCACCGUCUCAUUGUGCCCCUUCUUGAACCCUGCAUAAGGAACUGGCAAAUAACACCCGAGGUAGUACCUUAUGUGCACUAUACCUUUCUUUGCAGCUGCCAUCCUGUUCGCCUGCGUUAGCGCUCUACCGUUGAAAAAUGAGACUAGUGGAGCGAACUUCCAAAAUGCCAUGGGAAAAGAGGAGCCAAAGCAAGGAUGGACUUCUUCCCCCAACGAGAGGGGCACUGCAGAUAUUCUUUGGAGCUGCGGAUCAACAGUAAUUUUAUGUUGCUGGUCGAUGCUCUGCCUCAACGUACCAGGACCUAAGGACACCUACUGGAUCAUAAUUCGACGCAAAGUGUGGAUAUUUAGUUUGACUCUCUGUGGACCCGAAGUGUGCGCUAUUUCUUCGAUGGGACAGUAUCUAUCGGCCCAUCAAUCUUCUAGGGACUUUAAGGCAGCAGGGAUUAGCGAUUGGACAUUGCAACAUGCCUUCUUCGCUGAUAUGGGCGGCUUCGUUUUGCAGACGCGCGACUGGGUGCCCUUUCCAAUUACUGCGAAGCAAUUGUUAUGGCUGACCCAGCGCGACUACAUAUCAGUUUCUCCGGCAGUCUUUCGACAUAUUAAAGACAGGAACAAGGUCGAUGGCAUGAUGCGGUUCAUCAUGGUGCUACAAACGCUUUGGUUUCUCGCCAACUUCUUUGGACGAAUCGCCCUAGGACUUGCGAUUACCACCAUUGAGCUGACGACUGUGGCCUUCAUCUAUGCCAGUCUGCCCAUGGUAUUCUUAUGGCGACAUAAACCUGCUGAAGUGGGAGUUGCCGAGGUCCUGGUUACCGACGCGAGCAUGACCGAGAUACUGUUAGCAGGGGGAGAGGCUGCGCGUGAGCCGUACAGCAAGACGCCGCUGGAUUUCAUCGACCGCAAAGAAUGGGCUUGGUCGAUCUAUUGGCACCACUUGAGAAAUAUCCUUCGUUACUUGCGUAUUGCCGCCGGACCUCAGGUGCGCCCCGCGGACCGCGUCUCCAAUUUCGACAUUCCCGAGAUUCCCACUUGGGUCUUUUGCCUUGGUGCUGUAUACUACUUCGGAUUUGCCGCCAUCUUCGUAGCUGGAUGGAACAUGAGCCUACCGACCCACACGGAACAGCUGCUUUGGAGAGUGGCAGGCCUCCUCUGCCUUGGAACUCUAUUUGUUGGAGAAAUUAUAACCGAGAUGGCGUUUACAGUCUGGCCAUAUGUCAGAGCGAGAUGGUUACAAAGCUGCGAAGAGGGCAAGUCCAAGUUUAAUCCGACUAUUGCUCAUGAACACGAAGUGUCUCCCGAUGAGAGGAAUUCUAGGUAUUCCAGGCCCUCAAACCCACCAAGACCCCGGCCGCGCACGAUAUGGAAUUGGAUAAGGAACAAUUCCGUUGGGCAGGAUAAACAAGUUAGUAUGCAGCUUAGAGUACUACUACCCAUGUAUGUUAUCGGCCUUUUAUAUAUUACGGCAAGAGUUUUUAUUAUCGUGGAGGACAUCUUGGAGUUGCGUUCGCUUCCUUUGAGCUGCUACAAAACUCCCGACUGGCAGCAAUUUAUACCACAUUUGGGGGGAUAGAUGUAGAGCAGUCUCACGACGAGGCUGCUUAUUUUGAUCGAGGUACAGACGAUAAUUGGACAUGGUACGGAGGCAUAGAUCGGACUGGAUUUAAGCAAACUGAUUUUCCUACCAACAUAGAUGUAGUUUUAUGCUAGAUAAAAUUGAUUUAGAAAGCGAGUCAUAUCAUUUUCCA